UUCAUUUCAUUUUUUUGGGAGGCGUAUUUUUCAAGUUGCAGAGCAGUAAUAACUGGCAGUGCCUCUUGGGCAUAAGGUACCUGGAGUUCAGGGACCCCCAACCUGUGACAAUGACAGCAGAUGAGUUGGUUUUCUUUGUGAAUGGCAAAAAGGUGGUGGAGAAAAAUGCAGAUCCAGAAACAACCCUUUUGGCCUACCUGAGAAGAAAAUUGGGGCUGAGAGGGACAAAACUGGGCUGCGGAGAAGGCGGCUGUGGGGCCUGCACGGUGAUGCUUUCCAAGUAUGAUCGUCUCCAGGACAAGAUCAUUCACUUUUCUGCCAAUGCCUGCCUGGCCCCCAUUUGCUCCUUGCACCAUGUUGCCGUGACAACUGUGGAAGGAAUCGGAAGUACCAAGACGAGGCUGCAUCCUGUGCAGGAGAGAAUCGCCAAAAGCCACGGCUCCCAGUGUGGGUUCUGCACCCCCGGCAUCGUCAUGAGCAUGUACACGCUGCUUCGGAACCAGCCCGAGCCCGCUGUUGAGGAGAUCGAGGAUGCCUUCCAGGGAAACGUGUGCCGUUGUACAGGCUACAGACCCAUCCUCCAGGGCUUCCGGACCUUCGCCAAGGAUGGUGGAUGCUGUGGAGGAAAUGGGAACAGCCCAAACUGCUGCAUGAACCAGAAGAAAGACCACAAGCAGGUCACUCUCUCGCCAUCUUUAUUCAACCCAGAGGAAUUCAUGCCCCUGGAUCCCACCCAGGAACCCAUCUUUCCCCCAGAGUUGCUGAGGCUGAAAGACAUUCCGCAGAAGCAGCUGCGUUUUGAAGGGGAGCGUGUGACCUGGAUCCAGGCCUCGGCCCUGAACGAGCUGCUGGACCUCAAAGCGCAGCACCCUGAGGCCAAGCUGGUGGUGGGGAACACGGAGAUUGGCAUUGAGAUGAAGUUUAAGAAUCAGCUGUUUCCUGUGAUCAUUUGCCCAACCUGGAUCCCUGAGCUGAAUUCAGUGGAGCAUGGACUGGAGGGUAUCUCCUUUGGAGCCGCUUGCCCCCUGAACUCUGUGGAAAAGACCCUGCUCGAUGCGGUUGCUAAGCUUCCCACCCAGAAAACAGAGGUGUUCAGAGGCGUCCUGCAGCAGCUGCGCUGGUUUGCCGGGAAGCAGGUCAAGUCUGUGGCGUGCAUUGGAGGGAACAUCAUCACAGCCAGCCCCAUCUCCGACCUCAACCCUGUGUUCAUGGCCAGUGGGACCAAGCUGACCAUCGUGUCCAGAGGCACCAGAAGAACGGUUCGGAUGGAUCACACCUUCUUCCCUGGCUACAGAAAGACCCUGCUAGGUCCAGAGGAGAUACUGCUCUCCAUUGAGAUCCCCUACAGCAGGGAGGGUGAGUUUUUCUCAGCAUUCAAGCAGGCCUCCCGCAGAGAAGAUGACAUAGCCAAGGUGACCUGUGGCAUGAGAGUCCUGUUCCAGCCAGGAACCACGCAGGUAAAGGAGCUGGCCCUUUGCUAUGGUGGAAUGGCGGACAGAACGAUCUCAGCCCUCAAGACCACGCAGAAACAGCUAUUGAAGUUCUGGAAUGAGAAGCUGCUGCAGGACGUGUGUGCAGGCCUGGUGGAGGAGUUGCCCUUGUCCCCAGACGCCCCAGGUGGCAUGAUUGAGUUCCGGCGCACCCUCACCCUCAGUUUCUUCUUCAAGUUCUACCUGACAGUGUUGCAGAAGCUGGGCAAAGAGGACUCAGAAGAUAAGUGUGGUAAACUGGACCCCACCUAUUCCAGCGCCACCUUACUCUUUCACAAAGACCCUCCGGCCAACAUCCAGCUCUUCCAAGAGGUGCCCAAGGGUCAGUCUGAGGAGGACAUGGUGGGCCGGCCCCUGCCCCACCUGGCCGCGGCCCUGCAGGCCUCUGGGGAGGCUGUGUACUGCGAUGACAUCCCUCGCUACGAGAAUGAACUGUUCCUCCGGCUUGUCCUCAGCACCCGGGCCCACGCCAAGAUCAAGUCCAUUGAUAUUUCAGAAGCGCGGAAGGUGCCAGGCUUUGUUUGCUUUCUCUCCGCUGGUGAUAUUCCUGGGAGUAAUGAAACUGGACUUUUUAAUGAUGAGACAGUCUUUGCAAAGGAUAAGGUGACUUGUGUUGGGCACGUCAUUGGUGCUGUGGUCGCCGACACCCCAGAACACGCACAGAGAGCCACCCAUGGAGUGAAAGUCACCUAUGAGGAUCUUCCAGCCAUUAUCACGAUUGAGGAUGCUAUAAAAAACAAUUCCUUUUAUGGAUCUGAGCUGAAGAUUGAGAAAGGAGACCUCAAGAAGGGGUUUUCGGAAGCAGAUAACGUUGUUUCAGGCGAGUUGUACAUUGGUGGCCAAGAGCAUUUCUAUCUGGAGACUCACUGUGCCAUUGCUGUCCCGAAAGGCGAGGCAGGGGAGAUGGAGCUCUUUGUGUCCACACAGAAUACCAUGAAUACCCAGUCCUUUGUUGCAAAAAUGUUGGGGGUUCCAGUAAACCGGAUUCUGGUCCGAGUGAAGAGAAUGGGAGGAGGCUUUGGAGGGAAAGAGACCCGGGGCAUCGUGAUGACUGUGGCUGUGGCCCUGGCUGCAUACAAGACUGGCUACCCGGUGCGCUGCAUGCUGGACCGUGAUGAGGACAUGCUGAUAACUGGUGGCAGACACCCCUUCUUGGCCAGAUACAAGGUUGGCUUCAUGAAGACGGGGAAGAUUGUGGCUCUGGAGGUGGAUCACUACAGCAAUGCCGGGAACAGCCAGGACCUCUCUCUCGGUAUAAUGGAACGAGCUCUACUCCACAUGGACAACAGCUAUAAAAUCCCCAAUGUCCGGGGCACUGGGCGGCUGUGCAAGACCAACCUGCCCUCCAACACGGCCUUCCGGGGCUUUGGGGGGCCCCAGGCAUUGUUCAUUGCUGAGCACUGGAUGAGUGACGUCGCAGUGACCUGUGGGCUGCCUGCAGAGGAAGUACGGAGGAAGAAUCUGUACAGAGAAGGGGACCUGACACACUUCAACCAGAGGCUUGAGGGUUUCAACUUACCCAGGUGCUGGGAUGAAUGCCUGAAGAGCUCUCAGUAUCACGCCCGGAAGAGUGAGGUUGACAAGUUCAACAAGGAGAAUUGUUGGAAAAAGAGAGGAUUGUGCAUAAUUCCUACCAAAUUUGGAAUAAGCUUCACAGUUCCUUUUCUGAAUCAGGCAGGAGCCCUGAUCCAUGUGUACACAGAUGGCUCUGUGCUGGUGAGCCACGGGGGCACAGAGAUGGGCCAAGGCCUUCACACCAAGAUGGUCCAGGUGGCCAGCAGAGCUCUGAAGAUCCCCACCUCUAAGAUCUAUAUCAGCGAAACAAGUACUAACACUGUGCCUAACACCUCUCCCACGGCUGCCUCUGUCAGCACCGACAUCUACGGACAGGCCGUCUACGAAGCCUGCCAGACCAUCCUGCAAAGGCUGGAACCCUUCAAGAGAAAGAAUCCCAGUGGCUCCUGGGAAGACUGGGUCAUGGCUGCCUACCGGGGUACAGUGAGCUUGUCUGCUACCGGGUUUUACAGGACACCCAACCUUGGCUACAGCUUUGAGACAAACUCAGGGAAUGCUUUCCACUACUUCACCUAUGGGGUGGCUUGCUCUGAAGUGGAAGUUGACUGCUUAACAGGGGAUCAUAAGAACCUCCGCACAGACAUCGUCAUGGAUGUUGGCUCCAGUCUGAACCCUGCCAUCGACAUUGGACAGGUGGAAGGGGCAUUUGUCCAGGGCCUGGGCCUCUUCACCCUGGAGGAGCUACACUACUCCCCUGAGGGGAACCUGCAUACCCGUGGCCCCAGCACCUACAAGAUCCCUGCAUUUGGCAGUAUCCCCACUGAGUUCAGAGUGUCCCUGCUCCGUGACUGUCCCAACAAGAAGGCCAUCUAUGCAUCCAAGGCUGUUGGGGAGCCGCCCCUCUUUCUGGGCGCCUCCAUCUUCUUCGCCAUCAAGGAUGCCAUCCGCGCAGCUCGGGCUCAGCACACAGAUAAUAAUACGAAGGAGCUUUUCCGGCUAGACAGCCCCGCCACCCCGGAGAAGAUCCGUAAUGCCUGCGUGGACAAGUUCACCACCCUGGACAGGGUGCUGCAAUUGGAAUCCUUCUGAAGCUCCACAGGUGGGAACAAAACAGUAAGUGCAAAACAUCCCCUUGUUCCAAAAUGAUGGGCUAAGUCAUCUAUGCGAGACUUGCAGAGGGGCUUGGCUGGAAACGGACUUUGCUGCCUUUAGCUCAUUACCUACCUCAGGGAAUAAAGAAAUGAAAUACAGAGUUUGAGAUAUUGGAGAGAGAGUAUGUCUUUGAAGACAGCAAGAUGUAUAUCCUCCCUGUUAAAGAGAAAAGGAGGGAGGGAGGAAGGGAUGGACGGAGAGAGAGAGAGAGAGAGAGACUGUGUAUGGGGCAGCGUUUUCCCCCACCAGGUCAGGGGAAGGGGAGCUUCAAGGGUCCACUCAGAGACCCACAUCCUGAGAGCUUCUUGAGCGGCUGUGGUUGGAUCAGCCUGAGGCAGCAGAGCAGCAAGAGGAAGUGGGUGAGAGCGAGUUACCCAUCCUCCAGUGUCAGGGCAAGGAUAACAGUGUGGCCACACUGGAGGAAGCCACCCAGGAGGACUGCCCGGAGGGGGUGAUGUAAUCCCAACAGAGGGAGAGACCAUUUUGUGCCUAGGGAUCAAACUAGCCUCCGGUUAGCUUGCUCCAGGGUGGCCCACUGGAGCACCCUUCCGAGUGCCCUACUGUGCCUUUGUGAUGGCCUGAGCCUGAGACCUGAGAUUUCUCACUCAGAAGUCUUUCCUGAGAAUGAGCCCUGAAUGUUGGGGGAGGGGGCUUAAGAACAGCAGUGCCCAGGCUGCUCCCACUGUUCUGAUGCACUCAGAACACCAGCCGUAGAAGCACAGAGCGCGUUUCUGAGAGUCUGGGCAGCAUGUGGCUUGCUGCCUUUUCCUCCUGCCUGCCCAUCUCCAUCACAUCCUAGCGGGGCUGGAGACCAGGGCCCUUCCUCCGUGCAGCCCAUUGUCCUCAGCCAUCAACAGCGUUGAACUGACCCAUGCAUGUGCCCUGUGUUCUUCCUCCCAUGAGAUGUGUAUUUCCUGGGGUCCUCCUGUCCAUGUGAUGUACUGGAGGGAGGCUGCCUUUCCUUGCUUCCCACCAAGGCUGGAGUGAACACCUGCCCUGGGCAGUGGCACCAGCAUGCCUCAGGCAGUGCUUGGCUAUUUAGGAACUGGGUGUGGGUGUGCCAAGCCCCUCUGCUUCUCCUCUUCUUCCUCUCUCUUGGGCAAGUCACUUAGUCACUCUGAACCUCAGUGUUUUCAUCUGUAGAAUCGGCUUGAAUAAUCAUACCAACCCUGCAAGAAAAUUUUAUUUCUAAAUGGACAUGCAUGAGGUAUCCACCGCAGCAUGGGGAAUUGUCCUUCCUGCAAAAAAAUUAUAAAUGGAGAUACUCGACUUUGGUACUUGCUUCUAGUCCUUUAUCAGACCCACAUAAUUAUUUUGUACUAUAGUUUCUUAAAGCAUUUCUAGGUACUGAAACAAUUAUACACAGAAGUGGAACAUCUUGUCUAUUACUCAUGUUUUGAGUGUUGUGUUUAUAACCAGAUACACUUUGAAUUUGUUUGUUUCCCUGUGGAGGGUCUGUUUUUCCUUUAAGAACUUUUUUCUUAAAUAAAUUCAAUUACAAUGUAUACCAAAUAUAAGUAAUAUGGAGAAAAAUAAAAGACACAUAUAUACUUCCCACCCAGUUCUAAAAAUGUUUGUUUGCCCAUAUUUGUUUCUCAUGCUUAAAAAUGAAUAAGUACAGCUGAAGCCUUCCAUUUCAUUCCACCCCCGCCCUCAGACUUGCCUCUCUGCCUUAAGGUAGUCAAUAUUCUAAGGUUGGUGUAUAUCCUCCCCCUUCACGUUUUUAUAUUACAUGUAUAUUCAUUCACAGGCAACGCACAGUAGUUGUGCAUGAAUGUGUUUCAAAAGUCAUACCCAUCAACCACCAGAAUGACUAAAAUUAAAAAGACUAAAAAUUCAAGUGUGAAUAAGAUGCAGAGUAACUGGAACUCUCACACACAGCUAGGAAAGUAAAUUGGUAAAACCCUUGGGGAGAACUACUGAGAGUCUCUACUUAAAGCUGAAAGUCUGCAUACCCCCUGACCCAGGAAUUGCUGAGCUUAUACCUAAGAGAAAUGCAUGCACAUAUGCACCAAAAAAAAAGUCCAAGACUGAUCAUAGGAGCACUGCUUGUAAUACCUCCAAACUAAAAACAUCCCAAAUGUAGAUCACCAAUGAAAAGCAUAAAUUAUCGUGGCACGUUCCUACAAUGGAAUCCUAGCAUAGCAAAGAGAAUGAAUAAACUAUAGCUACAUGCUUCAACAGGAUGCGUCCCCCAAACAUAAUAUGGAAUUAAAGAAGCCAGACAGGAAACAAAUACACACUUUGUAUGUAUAUGAUCCCAUGUAUAUAAAUUUCAAAAAUAGGCAAAACCAAUCUAUAGGAUUAGAGGUUACGAGAGUAGUUACCUUUGGACAGGGGUAGUAACUAUAGUAGAGCAAGGUGGAGGAGACAUCUUCUGGGAUAUUUGUUAACGUUCUAUUUCUUAACCUGGGUGUUGGUUACAAGGGUGUGCCGCUUGGUGAAAAUUCAUUGAAUGGUUCAUUAUGAUGUGUAUAUUUUUAUGUAUGUAUAUUGCUCUUCAAUAAAAUUUCCUUUGAAAAAAAACCCAC